AUGCUUCGCCCUUCUCGAGCAUCGUUAUGGAAGUCGCGGACUCUUGCUCCAUGUUUACCACACCGCGCGCCUCGCAAUCAGCGCCGAGGUUAUGCAUCGAUAACGGAUCCAAGCUCGUACCCGAAGCCUGGGGAGCAGGUACAUGGCUUCACGUUGAAGCGUGUCAAGCAAGUGCCAGAGCUUGAGCUUACUGCGCUACACCUCCAGCAUGACAAGACCGGUGCUGACUAUCUCCACGUCGCGCGGGAUGACUCUAACAAUGUCUUCUCCAUCGGUUUCAAGACUAACCCGCCAGAUGACACUGGAGUACCUCAUAUCUUGGAACACACCACUCUAUGUGGCAGUGAGAAAUACCCGGUUCGCGAUCCCUUCUUCAAGAUGCUUCCUCGCUCGCUCUCAAACUUUAUGAACGCCUUUACAUCCUCUGACCACACCACCUACCCUUUCGCUACUACAAAUCCCCAAGACUUCAAGAACUUAAUGUCCGUAUACCUCGAUGCCACUUUACGGCCCCUGCUGAAGGCAGAGGACUUCACCCAGGAGGGAUGGCGCAUAGGUCCGGAGAACCCUCUGGCGUCAAAGUCUGAACAAUCGCAAGACGCGGCAGGCAGCCGGUUGGUCUUCAAGGGGGUUGUCUACAACGAGAUGAAGGGCCAGAUGUCGGAUGCUAGCUAUCUAUACUACAUUAGAUUUCAAGACCACCUAUUUCCAGCUAUCCACAAUUCUGGCGGGGAUCCGCAGAAGAUCACCGACCUCACCCAUGAGCAGCUGCAGAAGUUCCAUUCAGAGCAUUAUCAUCCGAGCAAUGCGAAGAUCUUUACCUACGGUAACAUGCCUCUAGGCGACCAUUUGAAAGAGAUUGGCGCACAGCUUGAGACUUUCCAGAAGAUCUCAGUAGAUUCAGACAUCAAGUCACCGAUAGAUCUCUCAAAUGGGCCUCAAGAGGUAACGCUAAAAGGGCCCACGGACCCCUUGGUGCCACCGGAUAUGCAACACAAAACCUCAACUACCUGGCUGAUGGGCGAUACCUCGAACGUUCUCGAGAGCUUCUCCUUGGGCAUUCUCUCGUCGCUUCUUCUGGACGGUUACGGAUCUCCCCUAUAUCGCGCUUUGAUCGAAGUUGGCCUUGGACCUGACUGGAGCCCAAAUACUGGAUUCGAUGCAUCAGGGAAGACGGGAGUUUUCUCGGUUGGCCUGAAUGGGGUCAAGCAGGAAGAUGUUUCUAGGGUGAAGGAGGCCAUCUUCAAUACUCUGACCGAAGUGCGCGAGAAAGGGUUCGAUGAGAUCAAGGUUAAUGGCAUCCUUCAUCAGCUUGAGCUCGCUCUAAAACACAAGACAGCAAGUUUUGGAAUGGGCUUGAUGCAGCGCUUGAAACCAGGCUGGUUCAACGGCGUUGAUCCAUUCGACGCUCUGGCAUGGCAGGAGACGGUAUCCGCAUUCAAAGCAAGAUAUGCAAAGGGAGACUAUCUCGAGAGUCUGCUGGACAAAUACCUGCUCAACGACAACACUUUAACCUUUACCAUGGAGCCGUCACAGACGUUUUCACAGGAGCUGGCGGCCGAAGAGAAGGACAGGCUAGCAUCGAAGAUUCUGGAGACGACGAAGAAUUUUCCCAGCGAAGAAGAGGCGCACGAGUACUUGGAGAAGCGGGAGCUGGAACUACUUGAGGUCCAGGAAAAGGCGCGAAACCAGGAUCUUAGUUGUCUCCCAACGGUACACGUCAAAGACAUCGUACGCCAGAAGGAGCGGAAAGAGACAAGACAGUCAACGCUAGGUGAUAUUAAGGUGCAAUGGCGGGAAGCUCCUACCAACGGCUUGACCUACUUCCGUGCUGUCAAUACUUUGGACGGACUGCCUGAUGAACUGCGUGAGCUGGUUCCUCUGUUCAGCGAUUCAAUCAUGCGUCUUGGCACCAAGGACAAGACGAUGGAACGGCUAGAGGAGCUCAUCAAGCUUAAGACUGGCGGUAUCUCUAUAGGCUACCACUCGACGAGCUCACCACUCACUCUGGACAAGUAUGAGGAAGGGUUUGCUUUCUCCGGCUACGCCUUGGAUCGCAACCUUCCCGCAAUGUACGAGCUGCUGCAUACGCUCAUCAUGGAAACCGACUUCGACAGCCCCAAGGCCGAGAAGCAGAUCAGGCAGUUAUUACAAGGCGCCGCCAGUGACGCCGUUAACGUAAUUGCGGGAUCUGGUCAUGCCUAUGCUCGCCGCUUCGCCGAGGCCGGACUGAGUCCAGCUGGUAGGCUUCGGGAGCAGACCGCCGGGCUCACACAAGUCAAGCUUACUGCAGGCCUUGCAUCACGACCCGCUGAUGAAUCCUUCAGCGACGUCAUCAGCAAGCUGAAAGCCAUUCAAUCAUUCGCCAUCUCAAACAGCAAAUCCAUGCGCGUCGCACUGACCUGUGGACGCGAGAGCUCGGAUGACAACGAAAUCGCCUUGCAGCAGUUCCUCUCCCGUCUCCCUUCCAAUACCAUCUCUCCAUCCGCCAGCGGAUCGCAGACGGCAUAUCCACGUAACGCCAAAUCCUUCUUCCCUCUCCCCUACCAGGUGUACUACUCCGCCCUAGCCAUCCCAACCGUACCUUACGUCGAUGCCUCCGGCGCCCCGUUACAGAUCCUAGCGCAGCUCCUAACGCACAAUCACCUCCACCACGAGAUUCGUGAAAAGGGCGGCGCAUACGGCGGUGGCGCAUACGCACAAGGUCUCGGCGGUCUUUUCGGUUUCUACAGCUACCGUGAUCCGAACCCGCAGAACACGAUGAAGAUUGUCAGCGAGGCUGGCGCCUGGGCGCGAGAUCGCGUGUGGACGGAGCGCGACCUUGAGGAGGCGAAGCUGAGUGUGUUCCAGAGCCUUGAUGCGCCGGAGAGCGUGAGCCAGGAGGGCAUGACGAAGUUCUUGUCGGGUGUGGACGAGGAAAUGCAGCAGAGGAGGAGGGAGCAGCUGCUUGAUGUUACGGCGGACGAGGUGAGGAGUGUCGCCGAUCGCUACCUGGUGCAAGGGUUCAAGGGUAGCAACCUUGCUAUUCUUGGCGAGAAGAAGGAUUGGGUCAAGGCGCAGGAUGGAUGGAGAAUCCAGGAUUUGGGCAUGGCCGAGAAGGUGCAAGAGAUUCAGGAAAACGUCGAGAGUGUCGAGUCUCCGGCUUGA